CUUGUUUUUUGCGUUUAAAUUUUCUUCCUUUUCUCUCUCGAUUUUACAUACUAAAACUCAUUCUAUAGUUUACGUCACUGUGACCAUCCAUUGCGAAGUCCGUGGUCACAGUAUUCUAAAUUGGAAUUGACCCGACAAAAUGGCAGUUGACUCACCAAAAACUGCUGCCCCUUAUUAUUCGCAAAGAACCCUCGCUCUGGACGCGAAUUUAUUUGCGCCUUGUCUGGCACAUAUUCUCACUUUGUCUCGGAUUGCGGAUUGCGGAUUGUGAACUGCAGUUCUGGCCUGGAAUAUGGCCUGGGCUUUGCCAGGCCAGUGUAUAAAAGCCGCAGACUUUUCCAUCGCUUUGCCCCUUUUCUUGCCUAUCUUUUUUCUUUAUACUUUUUUCUCUCAUACUUGUGCUUUCUAAAGAUUGUGUGAAAUAAUUAUCUAGUCUACAGCCUAUGUCUGCCCAAAAAUCCAUCCUGCUCCUUGGCUCCGGCUUUGUUGCCGAGCCCUGCCUCGAGUACCUGCUGCGCUCCGGGUCCAACCGUGUCACGGUCGCCUGCCGCCGCAUCGAGAAGGCGCGCGAACUGACUUCCAAGUACGAGGGCACGACACCAAUCAGCCUUGAUGUUGAGGACGACGCAGCCCUCGAUGCUGCAGUCGCGGCGCACGAUCUGACGAUCAGCCUGAUCCCCUACACACAGCAUGCACGUGUCAUAAAGUCGGCCAUCCGCGCCAAGAAGCACGUCGUCACGACCAGCUACAUCUCGCCGGCCAUGGAGGAGCUCGACCAGGAGGCCAAGGAUGCUGGUAUUAUCUGCAUGAACGAGAUCGGACUGGACCCGGGAAUUGACCACCUGUAUGCGCUCAAGAUCAUCAAUGAGGUGCACGCCGAGGGCGGCAAGAUCACGUCGUUUGAGUCGUUCUGCGGUGGACUCCCAGCGCCCGAGGAUAGCAACAACCCGCUUGGGUACAAGUUCAGCUGGUCGGCACGCGGCGUGCUGCUGGCGCUGCGCAACAACGCGCGGUACUGGGAGAACGGCAAGUUGGUCGAGAUCCAGGGCAAGGACCUGAUGGACUCGGCACGGCCCAUCUACGUUUACCCGGCCUUCGCCACCGUUGGCUAUGGCAACCGCGACUCGAGCCACUAUCGCGAGCGCUACAACAUCCCCCACGCACAGACCUGCGUGCGUGGUACCAUGCGCUACCAGGGCUUCCCCGAGUUUGCCAAGACUCUGCAUGCGUUCCUGUCAACUUCUAACACGCAGGAUCUGUCGUGGAACAAGGUCACCCAGCAGCUGCUCGGAUCCAGCUCCGAUGCGCCCGAGGAUCUGUUGCGCGUGAUAGAGUCCAAGAUCGAGACCCAGGACCCCGAGGCUCGCAAGCGCGUGCUGCACGGCGUCAAGUGGCUCGGGAUCACGUCGACCGAGGUGCUUGCGUCCAAGCGUGGCACUUAUCUCGAUGUUCUGUGCGCCCGCCUCGAGGACCUGAUGAUGUACGGCGAGGGCGAGCGCGACAUGAUUCUUCUGCAACACAAGUUUGAGGUUGAGAACAAGGACGGCUCGACUAACACACGCACGUCCGUGACACUGAUGUACGGUGAGCCCAACGGCUUCACGGCCAUGGCCAAGACCGUCGGCGUGCCCUGUGGCAUUGCCACGCAGCUCAUUCUGGACGGCAAGAUCACGAAUACCGGUGUCAUUGCGCCCAUGACGCCCGACAUCUACCAGCCUAUCCUGGACCUGCUGCCGUCGGAGGGCAUCAACGCUGUCGAGGAGACGCUGUAGUAAUCUGUUAAUUCUCAAGUAUCUUGAUUUUUUGAUUGGUUUUUUAAAUACCAGCCAACCACCUCACCUGUCUUUUGUCAUGCCAA